AUGUAAACAAAUCAUAUCGAGUUUUGACGAAAAAAUGUUGAAUUUCAAGUAAUUUCUUAAUUUCUUGCGUAUUCGCAGCUUUGUAAUGUGUUAUUUCUGUGAUUAAAAAGUUCCACGAUGUCCUCAAUUAACAAUAACAACCAAAUUCUUCUAAUCAAGAUAAAAUUGCAGGUGCUUAAACUCGUUGACUAUGUGAAGAAACUUGAUGAUUCUGACCGGAAGGAUGCUAUUCACUUCAUUCUGUACCGAAUAUCACAGAUUGAGAACUUUAGUGCGAAGCACAGCCUUGAAGUCUGGGGAAGAAUAGCGUCAGGAUGCUUCGGAGGCAGAAUUGGGAGGAAAUACUGCAGUGAUAGGAGACUCGGCAGGCUCAACAAUCCUCUGAAGAUCUCUCGGAUAAUAUCCUUCAGCAUUGCCCGCAGGAAUUCCCACAUAAUCCGGCAAAGCUCUGAAUACUUGAGACGAUAUCUUGGCAACAGUUGGUCUUGUCUUCAUGGCGCAAUCAUCCGAAGCAUUGCUAGCAAAUCCCUUCCAGAGGCUGUAUUCGAGAGUAGAGAAUGUGACGAAGAUUCUGAUGCUCAAGACUUUGACGAUGAGAUCGAAUCCAGAACUUUUCCAUCUGAUUCGGAAGUGUGUGAGAGGAAAACGGAGAAACGACGAGCUCGAGUGAAGAUCAAGAAGCUCAAAGUCCCAAAGAGAGAGAUCUUCAGUUGCUUCCAGUGUCCGAAGGUGUACAAGAAGCGACAGAACAUAGUGGAUCACUAUGCAGCUAAGCAUCGAGGCUUCUGUGCGGAUUGUGGUGAGGAACUUGGCGUUGAAGCGACUGCCAAGAUUUAUCACAAUCGCACAAAACAUUUGGAGGAGUUUCCGUUCGUGUGCGACAUCUGCGGAGAGUCGAUGUCGCGCAAUCAGCAAUUUCAGGCUCACCUGGAGGCGCACAAGAGGAAACCCGUGAAAAUUGAAGUGCCGAAAGUGCCAAAAAUCCGUGAGAAGAAGCCGAAGAAGAAUCGCUAUGCUAUUGUCCUUCCGGAUGGGGUGAUUUGUUCCUUCUGCGGAGCACAAUUUCCUAAUCCGAGCCUCCUGAACAUUCACAAGGCUUGUCACCACUCCAAUCGCACAUUUCAGUGCGAAGUGUGUUCAAUGGUGUUCAAGCUGCGCUCGAAUUACUUGCGACACAAGAAAAUCCACACUGUGCAGGAGAAGAAGCAUGUCUGCGAGACUUGUGGCGCGAAAUACAGCACGAAAUCCGCUCUGAAGGAUCACACGAAGCUUGCGCAUGAUAAGAUGGGAUUUUCCUGUGAAGUGUGCGGAAAGGUGUUUGGAGUUGAGAGAUUUCUCAAGCGUCACAGUAAAACACACUCUUCGGAGCGUCCUUAUGCCUGUGAUCUCUGUCCGCAGACCUUCAAGAUUCGCCAUCACUGCGACAGACACAGAAAAACUGUUCACAGAGAGCUCACAGUGAGUGAGAAUGGGAAGAAGAUUCCGGAGAAGGUGCAGGAAGUGCAGAAGAGGAAGGAAGUUAUGAAGGAAAUCGCUUUGGAGCCAGCAAAGGAACUUCCAGCAGCGACAGAAUCCACAAUCCUUCAGAUGAUCUCCGAUCAAAUACCCACUGAAGUGAUGCCAAUGGCAACGGCUGAGCCGACGCCGUCGCAAUGCUAUCAGGACGACUUCCCUCUGCCCACAGAGAUGAUGCAACCGAUGCAGCCUUACGAGACGCAGGCAAACUAUGGCUAUCAGGAGAACUACAGUCUCCCGCAGGACGCCUACAUUCCCUCUCAGACGAACUACACACUGAAUCCGCAGGGAAUCAUCGAGAUUCCACCGGCAAAUGUGGAUUCACAGCUUCUGGGCGACACUUCCUUUCUUCCGCAGUAUCCUUACGAUGUGUGGAACAAUCAAUUUGACUGUCAGAGCACAAUUAACCAGCAGACGAUGCCACAGCACUCCCAGGCGACGUACAACAUCGGCAGCAUUCUCACGAAUCUCGAGCUGAUGGAGAACAACGCCACAUUCGAUCCCAGUUACGACUUCUUCGAGUCGGCGCCGCAGCAACAGCAAUUUUACGGAAAUGGACAGAGUUGCUCCGAGUCGGAGAUCUUGCAGUGGCAGAAGAUGGAUCAGUACGACUUCAACAGUCAGAAUCACACACUCACAGACAUUUCCAACACAUUUCUGCGCGAUGAGCAGCGUCAGAACAGCAAUAUCAGCUCCUUCGUGAACUCCUUCGGCGGUGAAAUGAGCGAAGAACAGCAGAUCUUCAAUGCCAACAAUGUGAAUGUUAUGCUGCCGUCCCUCGCGGACUACCUGCAGAAUCACUACAACCCAUUUAACUCUAUGCAAGAAGAUGUUGAGCAUUAGAGAGCA